AUGAUCUAUUGCGCAUGCGUGGAGAGCGAAGGAGGGGGCGGGAGAAGGUUUAGAGAUUCACCGUGCGAGCGUGGUGGUGGUGUCCCGUAUGGUUGGAUUGAUAAAAAAAUGCAAGAUGUUUUGAACUUUCAAGCACAAAUGCAAGAUGUUUUGAACUUUAAAGCACAAAUACAAGAUGUUUUGAAGCUGGAAAUUAAAAAUGAAGAAAUUUUAAAACUUGAAGAAAAAGUCAUUGAUGUUUUAAAGCUUUCACCAGUUGUUCAUUCUAUUGAGUCUCGUGUGUGUAACAGGUACCUGUGUCACAUCCAGCUGGCACACAGCACACCCGUGGGUCGGGGCUCAAUCAUUGCAACAUUCAGCGAGGUACGGGAAUAUUUCGGUAACUGCUUUAAUCAAACCACCGGGAAGUUCGUCGCGCCCCAAGACGGCCUGUACCUGCUAUGUUUGACCCUACAGCAGUGGGCGGAUAAACAGAUAAGAGUGGGCAUUUAUGUGGGGGAGAAGUGGAGCCAGACUGUCCAGGUGAAAUACGCAGGGACAAGCGCUUCUGGAUCAGUUGUGGUUGACAUCAAGAAAGGUCAGAGUAUUUAUCUUCACGUAGACUUCGCGGACCCAGGCGCCAAAUUAUCAAGUCUCAGUUCUUUCACUGUAGUUAGUUUAUAG